AUGCAGCACACGCAGCAAAAAGCAGUCGUCCCCGCACGCUUCCUGGGUGUGCCCCCCGGCAGAGGCAGUUGCCCACUGACUGGCCCUCUGCCCUUUGACCUCAUCUAUACGGACUACCACGGCCUGCAGCAGAUGAAGCAGCACAUGGGGCUCUCGCUCAAGAGACACAAAUGUCACAUCCGCGUGAUUGACACAUUUGGGACAGAGCCAGCUUACAACCACGAGGAGUACGCCACCCUGCACGGCUACCGGACCAACUGGGGCUAUUGGAACCUGAACGCCAGGCAAUACAUGACCAUGUUCCCUCACACGCCAGACAACUCCUUCAUGGGCUUCGUGUCAGAGGAGUUGAACGAAACUGAGAAGAGGAGCAUCCAACAGAGCAAAGUCAACAGCAUGGCAGUGGUGUAUGGGAAGGAGGCCAGCAUGUGGAAGCUUCAGGGCAAGGAAGGUUUCCUGCAGAUUCUCCAUAAAUACAUGGAGGUCCAUGGCACGGUGUACUACGAGACACAGAGACCUCCAGAGGUUCCGGCCUUUGUCAAGAACCACGGCCUGCUGCCCCAGCACGAACUGCAGCAGCUGCUGCGCAAAGCCAAGCUCUUCAUCGGCUUUGGUUUUCCCUACGAAGGCCCCGCCCCGCUGGAAGCGAUCGCCAACGGCUGCGUCUUCCUGCAGCCAAAGUUUAAACCGCCUCACAGCUCGUUCAAUCACGAGUUCUUCAAAGGAAAGCCCACAUCAAGAGAAGUGUCAUCGCAGCAUCCGUACGCGGAGCAGUACAUCGGCAGCCCCCAUGUCAUAACGGUGGACUACAACAACUCUGCGGAGUUUGACACCGCCAUCAGAGAAAUUAUGAGGCGCAAGGUUGAACCGUACCUGCCUUACGAGUACACGUGUGAGGGCAUGUUGGAGCGAGUGCACGCCUACAUACAACAGCAGGAUUUCUGUGCCUCGGAGCCACUGUUCGUCCCCGCCAACGUAUCCAGACAAGGCCCUGCAGGCGUCGGCCCCCUCGCAAGGCCUCUGUUUGUGCCCCUGCCCAACUCCACAGCCCUUGGCUGGGCGUCCGACGUGACCCCCCCUCCCACAGCCUGGCCCCCUCUCAGCUCCUUACGGCUCCUCGUAUCGGAAGAGGGCGAGUCGUGCGUAGAGGCGUGCCGGAGCCACGGCUUCAUCUGCGAGCCUGCUCACUUUCGCUUCAUCAACAACAAGGAGGCUCUACGCAGGUUGGAGGUGCAGUGUGAAGUGCUGGAUUCCGAGAUGAACCACAUCCUCCCGGCCUUCUCUGUGUUGCGCCGCGAGUGCGGACUUCAGCGAGAGCCGCUGCUCUUCAGCUGCGCUGGCCACUCGCCCAAAUACAGACGCGUCUGCCCCUGCAGGGACUUCCGGCGUGGCCAGGUGGCGCUGUGCAGGGACUGUCUCUGACCGUGGAAGAAUUGGCAUUGAGGCAAGGUAAUGAGCACUUACCUCGGAGUGCAGGGAGGAGGUCUCCGCUGUGGAAUGGUGAGUGGUGGAAGGAAACCCCACGAAUGGAUUUAAAUUGCUUCAACAGGCACCGGGCUACCGUAUGAUGGAACUUCCUAUGUCGCCGGGUGGCCGAAUUACCCAUUUGGAGCGUUGGCAAAGCCAACUGGAGUGUAGCCUGCCCCCUGGAGGACACUUGAAGAACAAAUCCGUUCAUUUUGGGAACCUUUAGUUCUUCGCACGCAUGGACUCCGACAAGAAGGCGAGCACAGUUCAAUAUCCAAUCUCCUCUCAGCGCACGCACAAAAGGGUAGACGGACAAGCUGGGGGGGUUAUAGCCUCUGCCUCUUGUACCCCCUCCGCCCCUUCCGUCGUCGAUUGUCAGUCAUUUGUCAAACUGGGCCCCCCCGAGUCGGCGGCAAUAUCGUUCAAUGUAAUCAUCUGUGGUCACAAAAGGCAGAAAAAGGAGCAGAGAGGACACAGAUAAAGGCGACCAAAUUAUUUUUCAAUGAAUACACUCGAGUGGAUUUUUCAGCGUCCUAGCGGGCUUGUCUGAUGGAGAAGAGGUCCUCAAAUAUAAAGAUCAACAUGGAUCAAAGCCGCGUGCUGUCUUCUUUCGUUGUGCUCUUCACUCCGACCCCUGUCCUCUUUUAACAAUGAAUGAUUAAGUUCUCAUUUGAAUACGCUGGCAUCCUCACUCAAACGUGGUUGUCUCAGUUGUAUACCGGCGGUGUCUCGUUGGCAUUUAUCACGGGGUCAUGUCAUAGUGACGAGGCUUCUUAUAAUGGCAAAACCACAUCCAAGUAUAAUCAUUUGGGUGAUAGUUUUGGGGCACAACUCGGUUUAAAGUUCAAAGGUUUGGUUCACAUUCGGGAUAAGGACGAAAGCCUGCCUUGACUGUAUGUGAAUUGUUUAAACUGGAAACGGGCUCCCAACUAU